AUGCCACUCGAACCGGAGAAUGAUCAUCAGAUGGAUCGAUGGAGGGCCAAACGCAGGAAGCUCGAGUCUGACGACAGUAGAGAAGGGUUGCAGAGCUUUCGUUAUGGACAGUACGGCCAGGUUGUUCCCGGAACUCUCAAGAUGGAGUUAGCCAGUUGUGAUGGCGGUACAUACGAACCAGAGGGGGAAAGCUCAUGGCCUGAGAAUAUCCUCCGAAAUGAUUCAUCGGUGUACUGUACGAAAUCAGACCGGUGCAAUCUGAUCCUAAAGCAUCACGGAGAAACCCCGUUCUGUCUGAAGAAGCUUAUCAUCAAAGCACCGAAAUCUGGCUACGACGCUCCUAUACAAGCAGGAAUGGUCUUCGUCUCCAUGGCAUCCGACGAAUUGCUAGCUAGUACGGCUAAUCACCAUGUACAAUACGCCAGUUCUCGGCGCCACCGCCACCAUCAACGCAGCGGAAUACAACCGUCUCAAGAAUUUACGAGUUCCUAUCGAACACCAUUACAAACGCUUGAGCGGGCUCUGGCAGGUCCCAACUCGGAUUCUGAUACCGACGCUAGCGACCUUCCAGGGGCCUCUGCCUCCAAUAUUGCAGACCCCACAGAGGAAUUUCGAGUCAUUACCGAGUAUGACGAAAGCUCUGAUGGUGGCGAUCAUAACAGAAUUGGAGACGAGUUCUCAGCACCACCUCAUCUCGCGGAAAUAGAAAGGCUGGAGAGAAUGGCCACACUACACCAAAUAGAGGACGAUUUUCUAUGCUCAGACAGCGAUUAUAGCGCCAGUGACGACGACGACGACGACGACGAUGAUGAUGAUGAUGAUGAUGACGAUGACGAUGAUGACGAUGACGAUGACACCUCUGAGACUAACUCGUACAAUUCCCGUCGUCGAGACUUGCAAAGACAGGUGCGGGCCAUGCGCCGGCAAUACGCUAUGGAGCAAGGUGAGCUGCCCAGACGACGGCAGGUUCCCAACACAGUCCAACCAAACCCACCAACCGUACCCUCCGCGCCGCGCACAGCAUCAAACACUCGUUCUUCAAGGCUUGGCCUAAUGAAACCCCUCGCUCAAUUUUUCAUCAAACGGCCUAUGAGUAGCGUCAGCCUCAAGUUCGAUCCUCCUCCCUCUGGCCGUUAUAUCCUGAUCAAAUUAUGGAGUCCAUAUAAUGCAGGAAACAUAGAUAUCCAGAGUAUCACUGCCCACGGCUUCGCUGGUCCGCGAUUCUUUCCUGCUGCCUCAAUCCGAUGA